AUGAUAUCGACAGCCUCCAGACGAGCAACUGGGUCCGUUGCGAGGAGGCAGUGCCGUAGCUUCAGCUCUACACCCGUUGCGGGCGCUGCAGCGGAAGUCAAGAAGCUUGGUGUCAUCGGAGCUGGCCAGAUGGGCCUCGGCAUUGCGCUCGUAGCGUCGCAAAGGGCCACAGUACCUGUGCGAUUGAUUGACGCCUCGCAAGCCUCCAUAGACAAAGGCUUGAAGUUUGCGGACAAGCUGCUUGAGAAGGAUGUCGGGAAAGGGAGGAUAUCCCAAGAGGAUGCUGCAGCAACUAGAGAACGUCUGACGGCCAGCACAAAGCUGGAGGAUCUCGCAGACGUCGACUUCGUAAUCGAAGCUAUUCCCGAAAUACCAGACCUGAAGACGAGAAUCUUCGCGCAGCUGGCGCAAAUAUGUCCGUCACACGCUGUCCUCGCUACGAACACAUCCUCGAUAUCCAUUACGAAGAUCGCCGCUGCAACUGCCAAUGACCCCACCGAUCUCUCUGCCUCGUCCCGCGUUAUCAGCACACAUUUCAUGAACCCUGUACCGAUUCAAAAAGGCGUAGAAAUCAUAACCGGGCUUCAAACGUCCGAAUCCACGCUUGAGACCGCUCUCGCGUUUUGCAAGCGCAUGGGUAAGAUCCCUUCGACCAGUGCAGACUCGCCCGGCUUCCUCGCAAACCGUAUCCUAAUGCCCUACAUCAACGAGGCUAUCAUCUGCUUAGAAACAGGUGUAGGCAAGAAGGAAGAUAUUGACAGCAUCAUGAAGAAUGGUACCAAUGUGCCUAUGGGACCGCUGCAACUGGCUGAUUUCAUCGGCAUCGACACUUGUCUCGCAAUUAUGCAGGUUUUGUACAACGAUACAGGGGACUCAAAAUACAGGCCUGCGGUGCUGCUUAAGAAGAUGGUGGAUGCUGGGUGGUUGGGCAAGAAGUCCGGUAAGGGCUUCUACGACUACUAG